AUGGCAGGACAAAUAGUAUUACGUGUAGAAUCUCCAGAUGGAACAAAAAGAGUACAAGUUUCACCUACGGAAUCAAGUUAUAAUUUAUUUGAAAAAGUGUACAAUGCAUUUUCUCUUUCAAAUUAUGGUUUCACUUUAUUUAAUGAUCGAAAUCGUAAAAACGAAAUUAAAUCAUCUAGAAGUGUAUACUUGAACAGCUUAAAUCUGAAACAUGGAGAUAAGAUAUACAUGUGUCCAUUAGAUCCAGAUAAUAUAUGGGCAAUUCCUGGCCCAUCAAGUGCAGGUUCUGCUAAUGGAAGUCGUUCUUCUUCAGUAGUGUCCACGCCAGGAUCCACUACAUCACUGCCAUCAAAUGGAAAGAAAAGUUCAGGAUCAACAAGUCAAGUAGAAGAAGAUGAAGUGGAUAAACAACUAUGGAAAUUAGAUGGAAAAAUUAAACGUCUCAAAGAUAAAAAAUAUUGCCGUCAUGGAGAUAAUGGAUGUUGUGUCCAUUGUUCACCUUUAGAACCAUACGAUGAGGAAUAUUUAAAAACACAAAAUAUGAAGCAUUUAUCUUUUCAUUCAUACCUUAGAAAAAUGACUGCUGGAGUGGCAAAAGGAAAAUUUUUACUGUUAGAAAAUAUAAGCUGUCGGAUAAAAGAAGGCUGUACAGGACAUUUACCAUGGCCAAAAGGUAUAUGUUCAAAAUGUCAACCAUCAGCCAUUACGUUAAACAGACAGACCUAUAGGCAUGUUGACAACGUUAUGUUCGAAAACUCAGAGUUGGUAGAACGUUUUUUGAAUUAUUGGAGGAUUACAGGACAUCAACGUAUCGGAUUUUUGUAUGGGCGAUAUGAGAUACAUCCUGAUAUACCACUUGGUAUAAGAGCUGUAGUUGCAGCAAUUUAUGAACCACCUCAAGAAAGUUCAAGAGAUCAUGUUAAAUUAUUGCCUGAUGAAAAACAAGAUAUAGUUAAUGAAUUGGCUAGAUGCUUAGGGCUUACGUCGGUUGGUUGGAUUUUUACUGAUCUUUUGACUGAAGACAUGCAAAAUGGAACUGUAAAAUAUGUUAGAAACAUAAAAAGUCAUUUUCUAUCUGCUCAAGAAUGUAUAAUGGCUGGAUACUUCCAAAAUUUACAUCCAAAUCCUUGCCGUUAUGCAUCCAAUGGAUAUUUUGGUUCAAAAUUUGUCACUGUCUGUGUUACGGGGGAUGAAAAAUGCCAAGUGCACAUGGAAGGCUAUAGUGUAUCUAAUCAGUGUAUGGCUUUAGUUAAAGAUGACUGUUUGGUACCAACCAAGGAUGUACCCGAAUUGGGGUUUGUUCGUGAAUCUUCGGACAAACAAUAUGUGCCUGACGUCUACUAUAAGGAAAAAGACAGUUAUGGCAAUGAAGUGUCUAAAUUAGCCCGUCCAUUACCUGUGGAGUAUUUGUUACUAGAUGUACCAGCUUCAACACCCUUAACUCCACUGAAUACGUUUACAUCAAUUAAAGACAUCACUAAAUUCCCUGUUGAAAACAGAUUAAUUGAUGGGCAUUUUCAAGACUUUGAUUCAUUAUGCAAGUACCUAAGACAAUUUACUCCAUCACAAUUCUACGAGUCUAUUUCCGAUUUUCAUUUACUAUUGUAUAUUGCUACAAUGGAUAUGCUACCCAUGAAAGACUCCAUGGCUCCUCUGUUAGAAGCAAUACAAAUUAAUGAUAAACAAGCAGUGGUUGAAUGGUCUAGGUCAGACGUGUGGGCAACACUCGAGCAAUUGAUCAGCAAUACUUCCGACUCUGCUGUAUCGGGGCAUGUAGGUAACGGUUUUGCAUCUGCUCAGACAGAAUCGUGGACAUGUAUUCAUUGCACCUUUAUGAAUAAUUCUGAUCGGCAAUCAUGUGAUAUAUGCAGAUUGCCAAGGGAUAUCAACUAAAUGUUUUAUAACAAACGUGUAUCUCAUUCACAGUAAAUAUAAUUAUAUAUAUACAUAUUUUUUUA